AUGGCCUUGAGCUUGUAUGUCUUCCAUGUCUUCUAUAAGUUCAAAGUGUUGGUGAUUGUCACUUUGUGUUUGAUGGUGCUAUGGGCCAUGUUUGGUUACUUUGUGGACUCCAGACAGGAAAUGUCUAAAGCUAAGAGCAUGGUGGAGGAUUUCAGAAAGGUAACUAACCAGGAGGACAGUCAAAAGGAAGAGAAGAUUGAAUCAGUUGUGAAAGUUGCCACGGUGAAGUCAUUUCAGGGUCACUGCCCAGCUUUGUCUCCCUACCUGCGAGGUGCCAGCAAACUCACCUUCAAAGCAUCUCUCACGCUAGAAGAAGUGCAAAAAGAGAACCCUCAGGUAGCCAAGGGCCGAUAUCACCCUACGGAGUGCUUGGCAUUGCAGCGUGUGGCCAUCCUCAUUCCACAUCGCAAUCGAGAGAAGCACCUACUGUACCUCCUGGAGCACCUCCACCCCUUCCUACAAAGGCAGCAGCUGGACUAUGGCAUCUAUGUUAUUCACCAGGCUGGCAGCACCAAAUUUAAUCGAGCUAAACUGCUGAAUGUAGGAUACCUAGAGGCCCUAAAAGAAGCCAACUGGGACUGUUUCAUUUUCCAUGAUGUGGAUCUGGUGCCAGAAAAUGACUUUAACAUUUACAUGUGUGACAGACAACCAAAGCACCUUGUAGUUGGCAGGAACAAUACUGGAUACAGGUAG